CGCCGCGCAGGCGCAGAGGCGCGGGGGCAAUGGCCGCCGCCGGCAGUUGGUGAGGAGUCGCCGUCUACCCGCCGCUCGUCUGUCCGCUCCGCUCCGGGCGGCCCCAUGAGGAGGCGGCGGCGGCGGCGGCGACGGCGGAGCGGCGAUGGGCUCGCUGAGCAGCCGGGUGUUGAGGAGGCGGAUGGGCCUCCCGCGCGGCGAUGGGGCCACCGGGGGGGACGGCAGCGGCGGCGGCCGGGGCGGCAAGAGGAAGCGUGGCGGGGCCGAAGGGCCCGGUGACAGCGACAGUGACGGCGAGGCCGAGCGGGAGGAGCGGCUCCUCAACACCCCCCGCAGGAAAAAAUUGAAAAGCACUUCUAAGUAUAUUUAUCAGACUCUGUUUUUGAAUGGGGAGAACAGUGAUAUCAAAAUUUGUGCUUUGGGAGAAGAGUGGAACUUGCAUAAGAUAUAUUUAUGUCAGUCAGGCUACUUUUCCAGUAUGUUCAGUGGAUCUUGGAAAGAAUCUAACAUGAACGUCAUAGAGUUGGAGAUUCCUGACCAAAAUAUUGAUAUAGAAGCUCUACAGGUGGCUUUUGGCUCGCUGUAUAGAGAUGACGUGUUAAUAAAACCCAGUCGAGUAGUUGCACUUUUAGCAGCAGCCUGCAUGCUGCAGCUUGAUGGCUUAAUCCAGCAAUGUGGUGAAACAAUGAAGGAAACCAUUAAUGCAAAAACUGUGUGUGGUUAUUAUAAUUCAGCAGGGACGUACGGGUUAGACUCUGUGAAGAAAAAGUGCCUUGAAUGGCUCUUGAAUAAUCUGAUGACUCACCAGAGUGUUGAACUCUUCAAAGAACUCAGCAUUAACCUCAUGAAACAGCUGAUCAGCUCUUCUAAUCUAUUUGUAAUGCAAGUGGAAAUGGAUGUGUAUACUGCUCUCAAAAAGUGGAUGUUCCUUCAGCUAGUGCCUUCUUGGAAUGGGUCUUUGAAACAACUCUUAACUGAAGCUGAUGCCUGGUUUGCCAAACGUAGGAAAGGUAGGAUUAACUGGCAUGGCCUUGAAUUGUGGAAGAUGUGUCAACACAAUGAUGCUUUUUUUUUUUUUUUAAUUUUAGAAUGGCUGUCCUCUGUUUACAAACAGCAGUGGUUUGCCAUGCUCAGAGCAGAACAAGACAAUGAUAUUGGGCCUCAAGAAAUAAAUAAAGAAGAACUAGAAGCAAGCACCAUGAGGUGUGGUCGAAAACUUGCAAAGGAUGGUGAUUACUGCUGGCGGUGGACUGGGUUCAACUUUGGCUUUGACCUUCUUGUUACUUACACAAAUCGUUACAUCAUUUUCAAACGGAAUACGCUGAAUCAGCCGUGCAGUGGAUCAGUCAGUCUGCAGCCUCGGAGAAACAUAGCCUUCAGGUUACGUCUAGCCUCUUUUGAUAGCAGUGGGAAAAUUAUUUGCAGUAGAACGACGGGAUAUCGGAUCCUAACCCUCGAGAAGGACCAGGAGGAGGUCGUGAUGAAUUUGGACAGUAGGCUCCUGAUCUUCCCGCUCUAUAUCUGUUGUAACUUCUUGUACACGUCGCCAGAGAAGAAGGCUGACAGUGAGGCACUGCCAGAUAAUUCGGAAACCUGACACCUCUGCAGUGGAAUAUAGUAGCACUUCUAUAACUCUGUAUGCCUGCUUUAAGUUAAACGCCCUGCUGACACACAGAGCUUUGACAACAAAAAAGGCCUUACACUGUAGCAAAUAUACAUAUGGCCUUAGUAUACUCCUAUGCAUAUCUGAAGAGAAGAUCAGAAAUUGCAAAGGCCAAAACUAGUUAUCCCACUUCUUAAUUUUUUUUUUUAUAUAUUUCUGUUCUGCAUCUUCAGACCGUAGCCAUUCCAUGGUUGAGAAAUGUUACACUUUUCUUUUUCUGGGCAAAAACUGAGCCAAAUUGGAAUUAGGAAAUUUGUGUGAAUGACAUCUUACGAACUUACCUGUCAGAUUCUGAACACACAUUGUAGGUCGUGUGGGUUUUAUUAGUGUGGGGUUUUUGUUUCUUUUUUUUUUUUAAUAACUGAUCUGUAAAUACCAGAUCCGUAUUCUGCUCACUUUUUGUGGCCCUUUUCCAUUAGGGCCAAAUACAUCCGUGUAAAUGUUGCCUGUCAACUUUUUUUAGUUAUUUAACUGUACAGACUUGCAAAUCUGCUUGGUUCUAAGCCUUUAUUGCAUCUCAUACACAUAUAUUUCUUUCUCGUUCUUGGGCUUCUUUUAACAUUGCAGAAAAUAUUUAUCUUUUUUUAGCAUGUGAACUUGCUAAUAAGGAUGCUCGUAAGUGAAUUAUUUUUUUUUUCCCCACGUACUGAAAAUACUCUGAUGUACCGACCAUCAUUUCAGUCUAUUAUAAAAGCAGCAGCUUUCAGUUACAACGCUUACAAUACUCACAUGAACCAAAUACCAGUUUUUAAAUAUCGUUUUCGUGGCUUGUUUUAACUGUUACGUUGGGAAUAUAUCCCCCUUUUAUCUCAGGAACUUGUGACCUUUGAGUGCCUUUGGAGUUGUACGUGUCGACAUAAACUUUACAUCAGUUAAGCAAGGUCACAGGAUCCUAGGAAAGAGCUGGGAACAAGGGAUUCCUUUUCAGUUGGUUUGACGAAUGAGCCAAGUGUAAGAGGUACACCGUGUUCGUUCUGUGUAUGUGUUGGGUUUUAUGUUUGUCUGUUGCAAUUUUGAAUUCUUACAGCAGGAUUUUUGGAUUCACAGUGGCAAUUUUGCCUCUUUAGUAGCCUAUUUUUUUAAUGUUGUCAGGAAAGUAUAAAACCAUUUGUACUUUAUAACAAGGAUAAAAACGUGUUAGGCAAGAUGGGAAAACGUGGCAACUUGUCAAUAAAUGAUUUCAAGUGGAAUACUCACCGGUGUCUAUCCUUUU